AGCAACAACCAUAAACAAAGGCUUGGUGGCUUGCUUAGUGCAGACAGAACAGGGUGAUGAAACUAAAAAGAUGAGGCAAACAUGUAAUAGUGAUGGUGGAGUGGGUUCCACUGAAAAUGUUCAAGCCCGGGGAAUGACUCUUCUCUCUAUAUUCGUCGACACUCCAACUGCCGAACCGAAUCCUGAAACCAAGUUAUUGGCUGACUUCAAGACAGACACUCAUCUCAGAAAAGUGUACUUGGCGGGAAGAGAGUAUCUCAACAAGGAAGGUCAGACCUCUGUGAGCCCGCUCAUUGGGAAAAUAAUGCAACAGAUCUGCACAGACCCCACUCUCUGUCCAGAGUAUCCAUCAUCCUUUGGCCUUCCAGAAUUCACCAGGAGAGCAACAGAAUUGGUUUUGGGCAGGGACUGCCAUGCCAUCGUGGAGAACAGGGUGUUGGGUGUGCAGACUGUGGGCUGUACUGGGGCUGUCCGUCUGGGGGCUGAGCUCUUGAAGCACUGGUACAAUGUGAGCGGUGUCUGGUGUGGGCCAGUCUAUCUCUCCUCCCCCUGUGAUGACUCCUUGGCUGGUAUCUUUGAGGCAGCAGGGAUCCAGGAUGUCCGUCGGUAUCGGUAUUGGGAUACAGAGCAGAGGGGUGUGGGUGUGCAAAAAAUGAUGGAGGAUCUGGAGAUGGCUCCAGAGCAGAGUGUCAUUGUUCUGUCUGCUUCUGCUCACUGUCCUACUGGUUCAGACCUCUCCCAGAAGCACUGGAGACUCCUCACACAGCUUAUGGUGAGGUGUAGGUUUUUCCCUUUCUUCCUGCUGCCUGCACAGGGCCUAUGCCAUGGGGAUUUUCAACAAGACGCCUGGCCAGUGCGUCUGUGUGCCUCUCUGGGAAUGGAGCUUCUGUGUGCCCAGUCCUUCUCCCACAGCUUUGGGCUUUACGGUGAGCGCGUUGGACACCUCUUAUGUGUCCUAAAGCAGAGCUCCACACUGCUAGCUGUUCAGUCCCAGGCCGAGAAGCAGGUCAGGGCUUUGUGGUCCCGGCCAUCUGUCAGAGGAGCUCGUGUGGUUGCCACGGUGCUCAGUAACCCUGCCCACCAUGUGGAGUGGCAGGAAGGAGUGAAGAGUAUGGUGGAGAGGGGCAUACUGGUCAGAGAGAGGUUGAGAGAGAAGCUAAGGCUUCUUGGAUGUCCUGGCAGCUGGGAUCACCUGAUCCAGCAAGGUGGACUGUACUGUUGCACUGGGCUGAAUGUCCAACAAGUGGAAUUCCUGGAAAAGAGGAGACAUAUCUACCUGCAUCCCAAUGGCUGUCUGAAUCUACAGUUCUGUCUUGCUGCCCCACCUGGUUCACUGCAGCGGCGACGCACUCCCAAGCUAGCUGUUUGGCUUUGUUUGUCAACCCACCGAAUAAUACGUGUUUCCUGUCUUCGAUCUCCUCUACCAUCGCUGUGAUCUCGUCUUUCAAAAGGUUUGCUUUUCUAUUUUGGUCCAUGGCUAUUCCUGACUAAACCCUCAUUUGUGCUAGCAUUCUAUAAGGGGAAAUCGUUGAUUGUAAGGCACGUUCAGGUGCCGUCAAUUUUAAGUUAAUUUUAGAUUUAUAGAUCACAGGUGCGUACGUUACAAAAUGGGAUUCUUAGAACCUGUGUAAGCAAGGUUUUUUAUGCCCAGUAUCUUUUAUGAAUCGAAUGUAAGCACACCAUCGGAAAUGAUCUUACGACUAAGUUCAAGUAUAAAUGAGGCCCCUGGUGACAGCCUCUAUAAAAUCCUUAUUCAGCUUGACUAAAUCAUGUGAAGGAAGCAUCUUUAUGUCACAUACAAUACCAAACGAAUUAGGGCUGAAUUCAUAAGGAAAAUGGCUGUUAGUUAUCAUUUAUUGAAACAAAUUAACAAUUGACUUUAGUAUGUAGAGUGUAACAUCCAAGCGUUAAAUUAGAGGUAGGGAUUAGGGAAUAUGAACUAUGGCAUAUGGUAUUUUGAACCUACAUAGCUGGAAAAUAUUGUUGGCAUAUAGUUGUGCUGUGGUAGUCCAGUAAGGAGCACUCUUUCUUCCGGUACAAGUAGAUCCUAAUGCCCUAGUUGGGUAAAAGGGUUCUUGUGUAGUCAAGACAAGGGUCCAUCUUUUGGAUGAGAUGUUAAACAGAGAUCCUGACCUUAUAGAGACAACUAUUGUGACACUUACAAUAUGGGAGUAGUAGGGAUUGUCCUAGCCAAUGUGCUCACAGAACACUCACAGAACACUGCCCAAUUGGAUAGUUUCACCCUUUUGUAAUUUUUAACAUGUUAUUUUAACUCUAGUGAUAACAUAACCAUGAAAUUAUUAAGGUCAACCUUUUUAGUUUUUAAUUGACCAAUGUAUUUUAUACUGUAACCUAUUGUUUGUGGCACAUUGAAAGAUAUUAUUUUUAAUGCAUACAGGUAGUUCCAUGGUAGAAGGUCAAAUAAAUGUGCUGUGACAAAUUAUUAAAAACCUUCUUAAAACUUUUAAAAUUAAGUGUACUAUACCAAUUUCCAUAAUAAGAUGGUGCUCAUGUCAUUAGGAAAUACAUCCAUGUUGUUUACCUGAAUAUUGAUUGUUUGACUCUGUUUGUUGUAACGGAUAUUGCAGUUGCACAAGCAGGACGCAGUCCCUACACAUUGCAUUGGAGCAAAAACAAUCUACGUUUUGUGUGAUGAUGUAAGCUAGUCUUUGUAGUUGCUGUCAUAUCGUAGCCACUAGCCAGAGUUGUUGAAAAAGAACACUACUACUCUGACUGCUUAGCCAUUGUUUGCAAUGAUGAUUAAAAAAAUACCAUUCAUCGCUAA